GCCAGAGCGACGGCGGCGGCGGCGGCAUUGUCGUCGUUCUCGAGCGGAUCCGAGAGCGGACGACGCAGAGGAGCCGAGGGAGGGAGCAGCAGGGCGGCCUCCAUCCUGCUGCUUGCUGCUGCUGCUGCCCCCCCUCUCCACUACGACUCGAGAUUCGUUUUCAAGAGGGAUGUUUGGACACAUCCAUUGGUGAGAGACUGCCCGCAGCUGAUGAUUGAGCAGCAUCCAGAGAAAGCGUACGAGGAGGUCCGUGUUUAGUGGUGGUGGCGGCGGCGGCCUUAGGAGCCAUGCUGCAGGAGCCUGGGACGCCAACUUUCCUGUGCUGGGAGGUGGUGGGCCCUGCAGAAGGGGACACGAGGCUACCCACUCAUCGCAGCAAACAUGCGUGCACCACCUGGAAGGGCCUACUCUACGUGCACGGGGGCAGGGAUGCGCGCCACUCACUCGCAGACCUCUGGCAGUACGAGCCAGGUAAAAAUACGUGGAAGAGGCUAGAUGAACGUACGCAGGCAUUUGCGGCACCGGCUUUGCAUGAUCACACGAUGGUUGCAGCACAGGGCCACCUUUACCUGUUUGGUGGAUUGCUAUGCGAUACUGACCAAACGCCUCUGUGGGACUACAACAUCAACGAGUGUUGUUGGGAAGAAUUUAAAGGAACUGACUUGAAAGCUCAGGCAGCCCCGCAGAACCGGCGUGACCACACGGCGGUGGUUCACCGUGCAGGCAUGUACGUUUACGGUGGACACCGUGACAUGAUGGGGCCGACAAGCGAGUUCUGGGAACUUGACUUGGAGAGCCGUGUGUGGCGAUGCCGCUCAACGGAAGAGGCGAAGGGCAAUGGGGGCAGCCCUGGGCAGAGGUGCGCCCACUCGGCGACCUGCUGGCGCGACCGCAUGUUCGUGUACGGCGGGCUCGAGCGCCUGCGUGUUCUUGACGACUUCUGGGCAUGGGACUUCAGUGCAGAGUACUGGAUGAGGCUGACGGCCAGGUCUGAUCCAGGCCAGCUGCACCAUCACGCAAUGUGCAUGAUUGGUGGAUGUGACGGCGGUGCGCUGUUCCUCUUUGGUGGUAAGAGCAACAGCCGUGUCAUGGGCGAUGCAUGGCUCUACCGCUUCAAGCAGAGUGCCUGGAGAAAGGUGCGGACAACUCCCAAUGAAGAGCUUCCUCCUAACAUGGCCCAGCAUGCUCUGGUGUCUUUCCUCGACCGAGAUCCAAAUGGCAACGGUUCAACCUGGAACAUCUCUACCACGAGUUACGAGUGUCGGGCCUUCGAUCCAGGGAGCGUGUGGGAGCACGGGUGGUUGGACCUGGCAGGAGCGUUUUCAUUUGUGGACAUGGCUGAGUGUGGAGGGCAACACGUUAAGAAAUCCACAAACGGCUUACCGAGUAAUGGCAGAGCCAAAUCUGUCAGUUAUCCCUUUCUUUAUUACCCCCCAGAGUGGGAUUCAUCCGAAAUCAACGAUGGUGAACAGAUGGAUCCAAGAGGUGCCAAAUGCUCGACUGCUUGCCAAAAUAUGCGACGUACUCUCUCUACAUCAGAAGAAGAUGGAAUAAGUGUGCACUGCUCAGGGAUAUCAUUGGGCAGUGAAAAGCAGCUCAAAUCGCCAAAGACAGUCGGCGAGACCCUGUCUCUCCGGGACGGCAAAGGUGUGGGAACUUCGGCCCUUGGAAGUGAGGUUGGAGAUCUCAUAGGUGGGACUGUUCAGAAAAUGGAGAUGCUACUGAUUGGGGGGAUUCAUGACACAGGGACUGUGAGCAUCUCUGCCAAACCCAUCUUCAUGGGAAGAUUUACAAUAUGCUAGUCCACUAUGUUUUAUUCCCAAGGCAAAAUGUGUAGCAUUUUAUAACUAUUAAUCCUCACAUUAAGCGGUUUACAGUUGAAAGUGCCACCGAUAUUAUACAAAUUCAGAAUGGCUGCUAACAUGAAAACUAAUACUGAUGUUUUAAAACUUAUUUUUAAAUAUAAAUAUGGUAUUAGCACUUCAAGGUUUCAUAUCUUAAUAAAGCCAUGCAUAUAUGGGGCUUGACUUUAUUUUUUGUUACAAAAAAUAUAUUAUUACUCUAUGUUCUCUUUACCUAUCGCAGUACUGUUGUAUAUAUUGUAUAAUAAACGAAAAGCCAUCCAGUUGGAC